GUUCUCUGCUACUCAGCCACCUCACUAAACGCCCACCACAGCCUGUCCCCAUAUUGAAAUACAUUUAAAACAUAGAGUAGAUCCCCUAUCCGAUAAGCAUCUCCAUGAUAAAACAUUACUCACAACCUUACAAUAACACAAAUGUCAAUAUUGAACAUCAAAAUGAUCCCAAUCAAAGACAACCAAGAUGUUGCCUGUUUUUUUCUCACAAAAUUAUCAUGGAAAGGAAAAUACAAACGUAUAUUUUCCAUUGGUACAAUGGGAAUCACAACCUACAAUCCCAACACUUUGGAAGUCACAAAUAAAUGGGCGUACUGUGAUAUAAUAUCAGUGACACCCAUCCGAGGCACCACUACUGAACUACAAUUAACCAUGAAGAAAGAUCGCAAAACUGAUACAAUGAAAUUCUCUACAGAGCAGAGGUCUUAUUUGAUGACAGAAGCUUUAAAAUAUAGGCAUUUAUUCUCUGAAAAGCCAAAGGAAAUUUUGAGAUAUAAUGCCUACAAACAUCACUGGUCUGAUGUUCGUUUACCUGUUAUCUUAGAAGUUACACCAUAUUCAUUGGAUCAAUUGGAUCCAACCACAAACCAUGUCUUAGCCAGUUAUUUUUUUAAGGAUAUGGUGGGAUUCAUUGUAAUUUCUGAUUAUCCAGGUGGUUUUGUUGUGGCUUGCCAAGAGUUCAGUAGGUUGCAUUUAUUCCAGUCUGUUAACUGUGAGGAAAUAAAGCAGAAGAUCCAAGAAAGCGCUCUAGCAAAUCUAGCUAUCAAAAUUACUGUGCCCAAAGAUCACAUCACUUUGGAGGACUUCCAAUGUCAGAGAUUCGGUUUAUAUAGCGAUGAUGAUCAUUUAACAUCAGUAUCAGAAUUUUCAGUUUAUAAAAUCCACAAAACUAGGCACACUGAACCGGUGAAAAGAACUCUCUGUUUAUCCGAAACUUGUCUCCUCGAAAGAGAUCCUCAGACUUACAGUGUGGUCACGCUGCGACCGCUUUGUCACAUCUUUGCUUUAGUGCGAUAUAAUGACAAUCCUCAAAUGUUUAGCAUAGAAUAUCUGAAUGGACACGUCAGAACUUACAACGCAACGGACAGGGAUUCUUUGCUCGCUUCUUUGUUAGAUGGUGUUAGAGCUAGCGGGAAUAAGGAUGUGCAUAUCACUAUGAUUCCAACGGAAAGAGGUUUAAGAUUCGGACCUUUGAGUAUUCCUAUCGAAGAGGAAGUUGAGACCAUUCACAUUAAAUUCUUUCAAAAUCCUCCACCAAAGCUCACGUUUACUGAAUGCGUUAGGCGAUUUAACGCGAACGCUCCAUACAGUGGUCUGCGAUAUAGCGUAACCCAAGAUGGAAUCUUUUCUGAAAAUAAGGAAAAAUUGAUUACCGGCGCUCUUCAAGCUUUGGUGCAAAAGGAAGGAGAUCAACAUUCAAUUACAGCUGUGGAAUUGGAAGCUCAAUUCCAGGCUCUACGGAGAUUGCUGGCCAGUAAAGUUGGAUAUGCCGCAUUCACAUCAUUGGCGGGAUUUCGAGAAUCUAUUGGUAUUAAGGUAGUAACUGCUUUGAAGAGAAACGAUAAUGGAGUAACUCAUGCUGCAAUUGAUGUAAUCUGCGCGCUAAUGCACCCUACGCACGAUGGAUACGAGUUGAGGCAGGAACAAUUAAAUAAGUCUUCGCUUCUAUCAACAAAGACAUUCCUUGAAAGUUUACUGAAUAUGUGGACGACGCACGUGAAUCAAGGAACUGGAACUUUGGUAGUUUCUGCAAUGUUGGAUUUCUUGACAUUUUCUCUCUGCGUACCGUACAGCGAGACUACCGAUGGAAAGCACUUUGAUUCAUUGCUUGAAAUGGUUGCCGAUCGCGGAAGAAUCCUUUUCAGAUUAUUCCAACAUCCAUCUAUGGCUAUAGUCAAGGGCGCUGGUUUGAUAAUGCGCGCUUUGAUCGAAGAAGGUGAAAAUGAAGUAGCUUCCAGGAUGCAAACCUUGGCGCUUGCGGAAGGCGCUCUUCCUAUACAUCUUCUAGCCUCUCUAUUCACAUCAGGUUCUGACGGAAGACUCUUAACUCAUAGACAAUUAUCGCGUCAUUUAAUUGGUCUAUGGGUGACUGGAAAUCCAACUGCAAUGGGUUUACUGAGAAGAAUUAUGCCAACCGGUCUAAUCACUUUCCUAGAUUCUGCGGAGAAAGUCCCUGAUCGUGCCUUGGAACAAGAAAUGCUCAAUCACAGGGAUAAUUUAAAGAUUGCUGUGGAUCAUUCGAACAAGCAUAGGAAGGGACCUAACUGGGCCGCGAUGGAGAAACAGUUGAAGGUGGUAGAAAAGAAGUUGGAGCAUUGGGGUGCUCAGAUAGGAAUUGUCGUUGAGAGGAAAGAAAAAAUGAGGGAAAGGCCGAUCGUGUUGAGACGUCGAAGGGAACGGGUCAAGGCCGAAGCCAACUGGCAGAUGUUCUAUUGGAAAUUCAAUCAAGAUCACGCCUUGCCAAACCUAAUAUGGAACCAUAAAACUAGGGGAGAAUUACGAAGUGCCUUGGACAAGGAAAUAGCGACCUUCGUCUUGGAUAGGGAACUGGCUGGAUCGGCUCUUGUAGCUUGGAACCACCAAGAGUUUGAUUUGACCUAUCAAUGUUUAGCAGAUGAAGUCAAAAUAGGCGAUUAUUAUUUACGCCUAUUACUAGAGAUGGAUGACAACGACGAUUUCCCUAUUCGCAAAACUUACGAGUUUUUCAAUGACCUUUAUCACAGAUUCAUACUAACAACCAAAGUGGAAAUGAAGUGCAUGUGCUUACAAGCUAUGGCUAUUGUUUACGGAAGAUAUUUUGAGGAUAUCGGGCCUUUUAGUGACACCAAAUACAUUAUCGGAAUGUUGGAUAAAUGUUUCGAUAAAUUGGAACGCGAUAAAUUAGUUAUGUUUAUAAAUAAGCUUAUCAUGCAUAGAAAGAACGUGCGUGAGCUGUUGGAUGCUGGCGGAGUUCGAAUUAUGGUUGAUCUUCUAACUUUAGCUCAUCUGCACACGUCCAGAGCAGUUAUGAGGACUCAAACUAACGUAAUUGAAUCUGGUAACAUUGCUGAUCCAUCAAUGGAAAAAGAGUGGUAUUAUAUGGUCGAAUCAAGAAGGCAAGGACCUCUAAGUUUUAAUGAUAUCAAAGAAUUAUAUUCGAAAGGUGAUCUGAAUAAGAAAACUAAAUGCUGGGCAUACGGCUUGGACGGUUGGAGGAUGCUCUUUCAAUUGCCUCAAUUGAAAUGGUGCCUAAUGGCAACAAAUAAUCCUUUCUACAAUGAAAGUGACCUCGCUUCAUUAAUACUGACUGUAUUAAUUAAAAUGUGCGAAUAUUAUCCAAGUCGGGAUCAAGAUGAUGCGAUCAUAAGGCCUUUGCCGAAAGUAAAAAGGUUAUUGUCGGAAGGGAUCAACCUAUCGCACAUUGUUCAAUUGCUUCUCACAUUCGAUCCUAUUCUUGUAGAAAAAGUAGCUACUUUAUUAACGGAAGUAAUGCGCGAUAAUCCGGAGAUGACGAACCUUUAUAGAACUGGAGUAUUCUAUUUCAUUUUGAUGUAUACAGGGAGUAACGUUUUACCGAUUGCACGAUUUCUUCAACUCACUCAUAUGAAGCAGGCGUUCAAAGCAGAAGAAGCUUCUACCGAUAUCAUGCAGAGAAGUAUCUUAGGACAUCUACUUCCAGAGGCUAUGAUUUACUAUCUAGAAAAUCAUGGAGCCGAGAAGUUUGCGCAAAUAUUUCUUGGAGAAUUCGAUACUCCUGAAGCAAUUUGGAAUUCGGAGAUGAGAAGAUUACUGAUUCAGAAGAUCGCAGCUCACAUAGCUGAUUUUACGCCGAAAUUGCGAAGCAACACGAUGGCUCGGUAUAAUUACAUAGCAAUACCAGCAAUAAGGUAUCCACAAUUGGAGAGGGAACUGUUCUGCAACAUAUUCUAUUUACGUCAUUUGUGCGAUAUAAGUAAAUUCCCCAAUUGGCCAAUACAGGAACCGGUUAAGCUUCUUAAAGAUGUGCUAGAGGCUUGGAAAAUGGAAGUCGAGAAGAAGCCGCCAGUUAUGACAGUCGAUCAGGCUUACAAAUGUUUAGGUUUGGAAGGAACUCCGGAAGAAGCAACUAUUAGGAAAGCUUACUACAAGUUGGCGACGCAGUUCCAUCCGGAUAAGAAUCCGAACGGAAGGGAACGCUUCGAGCAAAUUAGUCAGGCCUACGAGUUCUUGUGCAGUCGCAGUAGUUGGAGAGACGGUCCUAAUCCGCAUAACAUUGUAUUAGUAUUAAGAGCUCAAAGUAUUCUCUUCGGCAGAUAUUCUGAUGAAUUGAAACCGUACAAGUAUGCUGGUUAUCCUCAGUUAAUAAAAACCAUACAAAUCGAGACUGUGGAUGAUCGGUUGUUCUCAAAGAGCGCUCCCUUGUUGACAGCUGCUACUGAACUUGCCUACCACACAGUGCAAUGUUCUCCAUUGAAUGCCGAAGAGCUACGAAGAGAAAAUGGAUUAGAGAUUCUAUUGGAAGCCUAUUCGCGUUGCGUUGAUGUUGUUAACAAUUCUUCCAAGCCGAACGAAACAUGCGUAGAGGUGUCUCAACAUAUAACCAAGUGCUACUGCGUCGCUGCACAGUUUACUGCGUGCAGAGAAAAGAUGAUCGAGAUGCCAGAGCUUGUUAAAGAUUUAUGCAGAUUGCUCUAUUUCAAAAAAUUAAUCAAAUUAUGUUACGUCGCGACGGAAUGCGUAAGCGCCUUAGCGCACGAUUCCAUUUUGCAGAUGCAACUGUUGAAAGCUGGCGCCCUUUGGCAUCUUCUCUUAUUUAUGUUCAAUUACGACUAUACAUUGGAUGAAGGUGGCGUCGAGAAGAGUGAGAAUGAGAAUCAGCAGGAAGUCAGCAAUCGUCUUGCCAAGGAAGCCGUGAAGGCAUGCGCCCGUCUCGGGGGAUACCUAAAGGGUGACCUGGAAUCACCAGAGAAUCCGGUGACCCGAAAUAUUUUAAAUAUAAUUUUAACGCCUUAUCUUGCUAAUCAAUUGAACUCUGAUUCACCGGAAAAGGUUUUGAAGUUGCUGAACAGCAAUUGUGAAACCCCAUAUUUAGUGUGGAACAAUGCCACUAGAUCUGAACUGCUAGAAUUCUUGGAGAACCAAAGACAAGCUCGUGAAGAGGCGGACUUGUGCAUCGAUGAUUCUAGCUUCAACUACUCUAGCCACAAAGAUGAACUGGUUAUUGGUGGAAUAUUUAUUAAGAUUUACAAUCAACAGCCGGCUUACCAAAUCGAGAAACCCAAAGAAUUUAUCAUAGAAAUUCUGACUUUCUUAAAAGAGCAAUACAAGUAUAUUAAGGAUUUGGUGAAUAUAGCCUUCUCGGUUACUAUUAAGGAUCGAUUGGAGCAUACCGCGAUGGCUUUGAAAGCACUUGCUAAUUUAAUGAAGAACAAUUCUGGUGUGGAUAUGCAAUGCAUAGGUCACUUCAAUUUGAUGUUUAACAUGUUAAACGUAUCGGAUGCCCUGAUCCAGCAGGAAACUUUGAAUGUGAUUUCCAUAGUCACCAGAAAUAACGAAUGCGUUAAUGAUAUUGCUGCUAGCGAAGUCCUAGGUUACCUUUUGCUCGUGCUGUACACGAUGCAGGACUCUCAACUGCAGAUCUUGGAUGUUCUACACGCGUUGAUGUCCACUACAAAAUUGGUGAAGGAAGCUCUGUCCAAAGGCGCCCUUAUCUAUUUACUAGAUUUGUACUGCAACUCGGCAGUCCUUCAAAUAAGGGAAUCGUCGGCGGCGUUGCUUGCGAAAAUGAUCGCAGAUAAAUUGGUGGGGCCCAAAGUGAAAUUAUCAUUAUCCUCAUUCCUGCCUCCGAUUUUCGCUGAUGCAAUGCGCGAUAGUCCAGAAACUUCAGUGCACAUGUUCGAGCAAGCCAAUGAACAUCCAGAAUUGAUUUGGGAUCAAGACGCCAAAGAUAGGGUCUGCGUUACUGUAGCGAGACUGCGAAGAGAACAUCAAUCUUCGCAAGCGCAAGAUCCAACUAUGCUGUGGAAAUUACCGGACAUUAAUGGUGUUUCUAACGUGGCCAAUCCUAAUGAAUUUGUAGUAGCCGGAGUAUACGUAAGGAUAUUUAUAUCGAAUCCCGCUUGGACUCUCCGAAAACCGAAGGAAUUCCUAUCGGAACUCAUGGAAACCUGCUUGACUCUAAUGGCUAAGGAUAAACCGAAUGUUGACUUGCUGGAAAUGGCAACUAAAGCACUUUGCUUGUUGCUUCAAGCGCAACCAGCUUUAUUGGAACUAAUCCCGUCGAUGGGGUACAUUCCUAGGUUGUGCAAGCAGAUAGGUUCAAACGUGCGGCAGAUUUCGGUACCAAAAGCAGGCAUUCAAAUUCUGAAUUCGCUCUCUUACAGCACUACUUGCAUAACGUCCAUAUCUCAAUCGGAAAUAAUGCAUCCAUUGAAGCAAGCAAUGCAAGUUCGCAGAGAUAUGAUAGCUGUAGCAUGCGAGUCUUUGAACAGGCUGUUCUCUGCUAAUCAAGAUCAAUUGGUUAAGCAAGCUCUGGACGUGGAUUUCGUCCAAUUCUUGCUCGAGCUUCUGGACAAUCGUUUAGAAGUCAUCGAAAAUCCGUCGAUGACCAAAGCGCAAAUCGUGAAAGCCUUAAAGGCGAUGUGUCGCAGCUUAAUGUACGGCGAUAGAGUCACCAGUUUAUUGGACAAAAGUUCAGUAUGGUGCGAUUACAAGGAUCAAAGGCACGAUCUGUUCAUCUCCAACACCCCAAGCAUUGGUUAUUUAACAGCCGGUACUCCGACUACUGCAGGUUAUUUAACGCAAGGCCCAAGCAAUAAUAAAUUAGUAUCUGGUCCGCCUCCUGUGGACAAGGAUGACCCCAACCUAAGAGCCGACGGUCUUUGA